AUGAGCUUCACGACUAUGCUCCAUAAGUUCCAGGGGCAGCCUGAGAGUUACGAGAAGAAAGCACUCUACCGCUUCGGGAGGACACUGGGCGCGGGUACAUAUGGCAUUGUCCGUGAAGCAGACAGCAGUUCGGGAAAGGUGGCCAUCAAGAUCAUCCUCAAGAAGAAUGUGAAGGGCAAUGAGCAAAUGGUCUACGACGAACUGGAGAUGUUGCAGGCGCUGGACCACCCACACAUUGUCCACUUCGUCGACUGGUUCGAGUCGAGGGACAAAUAUUAUAUCGUCACCCAGCUGGCAACCGGAGGUGAACUGUUCGACAGAAUCUGCGAAUACGGUAAAUUCACGGAGAAGGAUGCUUCACAAACCAUCAGACAGGUGCUAGACGCCGUCAACUAUCUGCACGAGCGGAAUAUUGUCCACCGAGACUUGAAACCGGAGAAUCUCCUUUACCUCACAUCAGCACCUGAUUCCCCAUUGGUGUUGGCUGACUUUGGUAUCGCUAAGAUGUUGGAUAGCCCGGAGGAGGUGCUGACCAGCAUGGCUGGAUCAUUCGGCUAUGCUGCACCGGAGGUUAUGAUGAAGCAGGGCCACGGAAAGGCAGUGGACAUGUGGUCCCUGGGCGUCAUCACCUAUACUCUGCUCUGCGGUUACUCGCCCUUCCGGUCAGAGAACCUGACGGACUUGAUCGAAGAGUGUCGGAGUGGACGCAUUAUUUUCCAUGAUCGCUAUUGGCGCGACGUCUCUCAGGAUGCCAAGGACUUUAUUCUGACUCUGUUGCAGCCUGAUCAGACCAAGCGUCCCACGUCCGAGGAGGCUCUUCGACACCCCUGGCUCAAGGGAGAGACCGCCAGUGACCACAACCUGUUGCCUGAGAUCAAGGCCUACAUGGCUAAGGCCCGACUGAGGCGCGGUAUUGAGAUCAUCAAGCUUGCAAACCGUAUCGAGGCCCUCAAGAUGCAGGAAGACGAUGAGGACAUCCCUAACCCCGGCGAAGUGUCAGGCGAGAAGGGCCACUCCCGCAAGGCCUCCGGAACCACCGCCUUCCCGCGCUUGCCGGGCUCUGAGAAAGAGCUAACCGUCGCGGAGACGGAGACGUCGGAAGGGACCACGAAGAAGCGAAGUUUGAGCCAUAUCGCUCGUGGUGCGAUCUUCCGGGAGGUGGUUCUUGCGAAGGUCCGCGAGAUGAAGGACCAGGAAGAGCGCGAGAAGGUGGAACGGGAGGCCCUGGAGAAGGCCAGCCAUCAGACAUAA